AUGGUAGAUCUGGACGCCUGGAUUCUCCAUAUCCAACAAAACCCAGUUGUGGUGGUCUUCCUCGUCCUCGCCCUCUGGCUGUUUGCACGAUGGAAUCGACAAUCAUCUCAAGCAGCACCCGGUUCGCUCAAUCAUGACAGCCAGGAGCAAGGCACCUACCCCCCAAUCACCCCCCUCCCAGCCUUCAACUGGGAAACCACCGAACCCACCAAAUACCGUCCAUUCAAGCCCAAGUACCACCUUAGCAUGGCCCUAACAACAACUGACAUCUCCCACCUCAUCCCCAUGGACAAGACCUACAAAGAGCGCCUCGCCCUCCGCCAAAACCUGCUCGCCCAGCACCCCACCGUCGUUGUGGGCGUAACCCCCGAAGGACAAAGAAGAGACAGUCCCGUCUUCGCCGCCAUCACCGAGCUCUACGAGUUCAUAGUAAGCGAAUACCUUCCCACCAGGUACCCAACCAUGUUCAUUCUCGAAUCAUCUGAACGAAACGGAAAAUCCAAAACCCUCCACAACAAGAUCACCAACCAACGAAUCCCCCUUCCUCACCCGGGCACAGCUCGAGAGAUCCUCACCACGCUGGGCACCUUUGUCGACGAGGACUUUCUCGUCUUACUCCCGGACCCUUCCACCACCAGCUCUCCAUCCCCCUCCUCUGAAAAGGUCCCCGAUGUUGAAAACAUAAAAUAUACACUAGAAGCAUACACGACAUUCUACCCGGCCGGAUUCGACACGCGCGAGAAGUUGGGGAAGAGACUCUCAACCAUCCAUGAUCCGGUACCACGCUACAAGGAGAAAUUGGAGAAGAGCAUGGAUCGAUUCUUCGCCAGAUUGGAAAUAGGCAAAGUCGUGCAGAGGGUGAAUUGGAGUGUUACCACGGAGGGGACAUCGUUGUUUGCUGCUUUUGGGGGCGUGCAUGGGGAUGAUGAGAAAAAGGAGGAGGUUAUGAAUGUGGAGGAGGUAGAUGGGGAGAAGACCCGCCUCCGCUGCGAACGCCAAACCCUCCACCGCCUCCCCCGAACCAAAGCCCUAAUCUUCACCUUCCACACCUACACCUACCCCAUCCAAGAGAUCAAAGACGAAGGACUCGGCGAGGACCUUGCAGCGGCCAUUGACGGUCUGAAAGAGGGUAAUGUACCUGAGAUUCAUGGGUAUAAGCGGGGUCCGGUGUGGGGGGAGGCGGUUAAGGCGUUUUUGAGGAGGUAGAUUCAUUCAUUUUAACUUAUAAGUAGGUUUAUAGUAUGUUGGUUUGGGGUGGGUUAAGUAGGGGGAUGGCUUGGGUAGAGAAGUGGAUGGUAUAAAUACUAUCUAUCCUAGGUGUUUGUUUGGAAUUUGUAUCUGCAUGAGUAUGAGUCGUUAUUUUCUUUUGCCGAUUUAGAUCU